GUUCCUUCACCCAGGCUGCUGGUCCCUUCCCUUCUACACUUGUUUGAUUUAUGAGGAAUCGAAGAUGAACUUGGAGCAGGAGAGGCCCUUUGUCUGCAGUGCCCCAGGCUGCUCACAGCGCUUUCCAACAGAGGAUCAUCUGAUGAUUCACAGGCACAAACAUGAAAUGACUUUGAAGUUUCCUUCAAUAAAAACAGAUAAUAUGUUAUCAGACCAGACUCCUACACCAACACGAUUCCUGAAGAACUGUGAGGAAGUGGGCCUCUUCAAUGAGAUUGACUGUUCCUUAGAGCACGAGUUUAGAAAGGCACAAGAGGAAGAGAACAAUAAAAGGAAUAUCUCAAUGCAUAACACAGUUGGAGGAGCAAUGGCAGGGCCUGGAACCCACCAGCUCACGAAUACUAGGAUGCCAAACCAUGACACCAGCGUUGUGAUUCAACAAGCCAUGCCAUCUCCACAGUCCAGUUCAGUCAUAACACAAGCACCUUCCACAAAUCGACAGAUUGGACUUUUCCCUGUGAUGUUUGCAGCAUUUAUCAAAGAACAUAUUUUGUCAUUUCCACUUAAUUGUACCCUUCUAAACGUCGGAUGAUAACCAAGAAUCAUUCAGGAGGAACACAGACACAGCACUGGAUUCAGUAUUAGGCAAAUUAUCAUAAACUCGGAGACUGUUAAUAACCAGUACAUUCAGAACCUGCUUACAAACACCCUGAAGGUUGGUGGUUUUGGUUUGGCUAUUUAAAAAUUGAGAUCAAAUCCUGGUUCAGAUUUUGUUUGGAUCUGAGUGUUCUGUUUGAGCCCAAAUGUGUGUAAAACAUUAGGAAAAGGAUUUUGUUUUCUCACGCCCUCAAGCAGAAGUGAAUAUUUACUGAAAAGAUGAAGUGCCCCUUAAGAAUGUGCCUCUUAAUGAACACUAGGAAUUAGAGAUAGCAACUGGAUAAAAUUCUCUUUGACUUUAGGGGGAUUAGGAACAAGCCCUGAAGACCCAUCUUGUAGCAAUAUUCUGAUUUUUAUCACAACCACAAGUAUUUAAGUGUCAGAAUAUGGCCAAACCACCUGCAAAUGUUUGCAAUGGCCUCAGUCCAAUAAAAAUAGCAAACAGCAGUGAAAGUCGACAUUCAGACUCUGGAUUUGGGCUCUGCUCCAGCAAAAGAAACUGGGACCCACCUGUGCCCACGCACAUUUUGUUGCAUUGUGGAGACUGGGUGUGUUCACAACAGCUGAAAUUCUUGUUGGGGUGUUAUUUUCCUCUCUCUUCUCUCUCCCUCUCUUUCUCUCUCCGUUCUUUCACCUCAGCCCUGUACUCUGAUUCUGAAAGUUUGCAUGUAAAAUGAGAUAAAGCAUAGAAAAAUAUGACAACAUGAGAAUGGAUAAGCAUGACUUGCUGGGAAAGUGUAUACAUAUUGUUUCAGGUAUUAAAAUAUUGUUGCUACUGAACAGGCAUUGAGCCAGGUUAAUCAGAAGAAGGGAGGAACAUGAAAAGCAAUAGCUUUAAAAAAAUGCAAGGCAUUGCUCAGCAUCCCUCCCACCAUAUACUGAGCUAAGAACAAGCAACAGUAUAGUCAUUGCAGCAAACUGGCAGGUGGGUAUAAACAUACCAGAUAGUAUUUAUGUGGCUAGACAGUCUUUACUGCCUCCUCCCUGCUUCACCAUGUGGGAGGAAUCCUGUAACCAGUAACUGCUUGUGCUAAAGAAAAAUCAGUUGAGGAACACUUAAUAGUGAAGGGUGUCUUCAGUUGAUUAAUAGCACAUCAUUUAAAGAUAAGUUAGAGAGAGGAAAAGCAGUAAGUAAGGCAUACUCAGCCAGGGGAGAAAAAAAGAUGAUAUAAGACAUGUAUCUGUCAAAGAUAUAGAAAGGCAGAGAAGCUGAAUCAGCCCACUAUUCAAGAUAUGAAACUUUGAAUAGAGAUCUACAAUGGCUACUUUCAUCAUUUUAUUAUGACUAAAUUUCAUACAAUCAAUUCAGUUCAGUAACAGCAUGUUAAGCAAGGAAUGGGAAAAUGAUGUGAAGGCAAGCUACUGUCAACACAGUACUCUUAUUUCUUUAUCCGUGUACUUCUUUGACAAGCAUAAGAUAUCUUUUUCACAACAGCUAAGUCCAUUUAAUAGGAGGCUUCAUCCUGGCAGUCCAGCCUUCCUGGACAGUGUAAGCUUCUUUUUUUGAAAGUGAGUGGGAGACAUAACUGAUACUUAGCAUGUUUAUAGCGGUAUCAUUCUUACAACUCUGCAGCUGGAAUGGAACAAGAGGAGAAAAUUCAGGGUUGUUAUAAACUGAGAACCAACAGUAUGCGCAGCCCUAUACUAAACAGAGGUGAAGACAUGAGACCAAUGAGCUCAGAUUCUAAAAUAGACAGAGACCAACCCCCAUGCAAUACAUCAGAAAAUGUUCCAAUUUCCAAGUGUUACUGAAACUUUUAAUGAGGCUAGUGGAACAAGGGCAGAAGGAAGCAAUUGCCACUAUAUUUGGUGUAAUGAAACAAAGUGUGAAGAAAGAGUGGGAGAAAGAUUCAAUAGGGAUUUAGAAAGGUAGAUUUUGAGAAGUGUGGUGAAUAGUAGGAAAUGGGAGCAGAGGUAUAGGAAUAAGAUACAGUUAUGCAGGGCCUUGAAAGUGAGGAAGAAGAGCUAGAAUGUGGUAAGGUGGAGAGAUGCUAGUGGAGGGUCUUGAAAAGAGAAUCAAAUGAUCAGUACUGAACAAGAAAGACACUGGAGGAAGUAACAUAAGAUAUAGGAAGGCAAGAGGGACAUGCAAUAGAAGAAAAGAGAGGAGAAUUUUUCUGUAGGCAGCUAAGAGAUGACCAACACACAAAGUGCAGAUAUACAUAACAACUGAGCCAUUCCAAAAUGUCACUGAUUAGGAACAGGUUCACAGUUGUGUGAUGUGCUGUGGCUCUGACACUAGGGGAUGGGAGUGAACACCCAGCCCAGCAUGCCGUGCACUAGGCAAAUUGGAAAUAGCGGGUA